AUGGUUUCUCCUACUCCCCUCAUCUUUACGAUCGUCUACGCGCUGUUGAUAAACCUCGUCGAAGCAACCACCCACGCCCCAACAAAACCUUCCAGAUCAACAUUCACCUACGACGAGCUAUGGGACCUUGAGAACACCUUCUGGAAGGCUUUCCUCUACCCCGCCAACAAAGUCCAGAUAGAGGGAAAUGCAUCCACCAUCUUCGCAUCCGAUGUCCAAGGCCGCGUCGACAUAACCCGCACCUUCGACGGCGACGAGCUAAACCGCGAAUACAUCUUCGGCCUCUUCGCCGACCCCACAGCCGUAAGCCUCGUCGGCAUCCCAGUAUCCUACAGCAUAACGCAAUUCGCCGCAAACGACAACACCGCCUCCGCCACAACCGUCGUAACCUUCAACGCAACAACCUUCGGCGUCCAAAUCCCCGUAACAAUCGACACCUGGAUCGCCUUCGACGAAGACGGCAAAAUCACCCAGUACGACGCCACAUUCCGCUGGUUCGCCUACCUACUCGAUUACCUGCUCGGCGCGACGGCGACAAAAUACAACACCACGGCCGCGGGCGCCGAGGCAAUCGUCACCGAGAUCCUUGCGCAGGAUAUCUGCAAGACGCACGAUACGUACUGCACGGGCGCGAACCAGCAAUACCCCGUCGGCAAUGUUAGCUGCUAUGAGUUUUUGACGACGAAGAUCCGCUUUGGGGCCAGCUAUGAGCUGGGCCGCAAUACGCUUUUGUGUCGCGAGGUUCAUGAUCAUAUGGUGCAGUAUCGGCCUGAUGUGCAUUGCAUGCAUAUUGGGCCGACGGGAGGCGGUUAUUGUGUUGAUGAUAUGACGUAUACGGAGACUGUUUUGCAGCAGUAUUUUAAUGCUUCGUGGAUUCCGUUUGGAUAUGGUCGGAAACAGGAUGUGUGGUUGGCGAGUUAA